UGGGCGGGACUUCCGGUGUCUUCCUCGCGGCGGACAUUUUGUCCGCUCCUGGUGUAGCUUUCGGUGUAGAGCUUCUGGAGCUCUGGUUGGGUUCGGAGUGACAGACGCCGGAAGGCGCGGGAAGAGACCCUGUGUCUACCGGGAAGAGGCUUGGCGGUGGCAGCACCCGCGAAGGCUCCGCGGCCAGGGCCUAGCCACGGCAAUGCUCUGGUCCCGAACUGGGACUCUUCACAGCUCCUUGUGGUCCAGAUUGUGAUGGCGGCGACCGCGGUGAUGGAUCCCGCGUAGAUGCUUUGUGGUUGCUGAACUUAGCAGGGGAAAGAACUCUGAGUGCCUGACUGAGAGGUCAUGACUCUAGCCAUGGCAGGAGGGACGUGGACAGGCCCUGGUUGUUGGUGUGCAGUGGAGGAUGAAGAGGCACCUUCUGAACAGAGUAUUUCUAUAGAAGUGUCACAUGAUAGUAUUUCCAAGGCAGGUUCAUCCACCCAGAUGGCUCACCCUUGCGACAUAUGUGGCCCUAUCUUGAAAGAUAUCUUGCACCAGGAAACACGCCAAGGGCUGAAACCUUACACAUGUGGGGCCUGUGGGAAACAAUUCUGCUUCACUGCAAACUUUCAUCAGCACCAGAAGCAGUACAAUGUAGAGAAACUCUUAAGAAGAGACAAAGGGAAGACCUCAUUUGUCAAGAACUGUAGAGUUUGUGAAGAACCUCACCUGUCAGAAAAACCUUUUCAAUGUGAGGAGGAGCAGACCCUCCAGGUCAGUUUGGGCAGUCACCAGCAGAAGGCCACUCACAGCAAGAAGAAGACAAGGAGCACCAGGAGUGGGGAGGCCUCUCACAGUGGCCAGAUGCAUUACAGGUGCAGCGAAUGUGGGAAGGCCUUCAACCGCAAAGACACACUUGUCCAGCACCAGAGAAUCCACACUGGAGAAAGGCCUUAUGAGUGCAGUGAAUGUGGGAAAGCCUUCAGCCGUAAAGCCACCCUUAUCCAACACCAGAGAAUUCACACUGGAGAAAGGCCUUAUGAGUGCAAAGAAUGUGGAAAAGCCUUUAGCCGCAAAGACAACCUUACUCAGCACAAAAGAAUUCACACUGGAGAAAUGCCUUACAAGUGUAGUGAAUGUGGAAAAUACUUUAGUCAUCAUUCCAACCUAAUUGUACACCAGAGAGUUCACAAUGGAGCGAGGCCUUAUAAGUGCAACAAUUGUGGGAAAGUCUUCAGGCACAAAUCCACACUUGUUCAGCAUGAGAGUAUUCAUACUGGAGAAAAUCCUUAUGUUUGCAGUGAUUGUGGGAAAUCCUUUGGUCACAAAUAUACCCUCAUUAAACACCAGAGGAUUCACACUGAGGCAAGGCCUUUUGAGUGCAUUGAAUGUGGGAAAUUCUUUAGUCGAAGCUCUGACUUUAUUGCACAUCAGAGAGUUCACACAGGGGAAAGGCCAUUUGUGUGCAGCAAAUGUGGGAAAGAUUUCAUCAGAACAUCCCACCUUGUUAGGCACCAAAAAGUUCACACUGGAGAAAGGCCAUAUGAGUGCAAUGAGUGUGGGAAAGCCUAUAGUUUAAGUUCCCACCUCAUUCGGCACCAGAAAGUUCACACUGCAGGAAGGCUUUAGGAGUGCUCUCAACAGGACUCAUACGGAGAGGAGCUCUAUGAUUGCCCUUUGAGAGGAAGACAUCAAUCAGAUGUUGAAACUCAUAUCUGAACAUUAACACUGGGGAGAUACCUUAUGAAUGCCAGGUACAGGGAAGGUUUCAUGAAUUGUGUUGCACUUUCAGACCUACUCAGGUCUUUGCCAGAUUUGUCACUCAAUGCCUGUGGCUGAAACCAUGUCUGCUCUAUCAGCUUAGUUACCGUUAUGUCCUCAGGGAAGGUAGAACUUUGUACUCUCCAGUCCCUAGAGGGAAAUAAUAAGAAUCCUGAAUUAAAUGGGAUUCCUCAUUCCCUCCCCACUGACUGGUUAAAAGUGUGGACCUUACAUACAUCUUUAGCCAAGAGGAUCUGAGCUGUGUUCUGGUGGCUUACAAAAAAGGUUUACUUUCUUCAUAGUGUUGGUCUCAUGUGGUACUUAUAACAGAUUUUCCAGCCUUCAAGUCACCCAACCUGGAGAACUACUUACUUCUGUUGCUCUGGUUUCUAUGAUAAUAAAGACCUUAUUAUUUAAGCCAUUGUUAA